GAAUGGAGACUGGUGUGUGAGAACAUCCAAACUAUUUCUCAAGAAAUCCAACUUUGGGAUUGAUAGAUGGCAUUUUAGGAGGUGGGGAGAGGUCGGGGUUGAGUCUUCUUGAAGUGGAGCGCAAAACUGGACUUCCCAACCCCCUUAUAUGGCAUUUCCCCAAGAACAGUGGGAGGGGGGAAAAAGAGGCCAAGCCAUGCAGGAUAUUCUCACAGGAUGUGAAGAUGGCUGGACGGCAGCCGACUCCGUGCAGUGUGGAGAGAAGAGUCAGCUGAGACGAGGUUUUCAAUUGUGCGCUAUCGACCUGUGUGGGUGUGUGAGGAUGUGAAAUCAACAUGGUCAGGAGGCACUGUGAAGAUUAGUCAUCAGCUGAAAGUGAGCACCAUGGCCACCCUCCAGCUGCCGUUCCUGCUGUUGGUCAGCUGCGUGGCGGCAUCCGCGUAUCCUCCCCAGCAACCCCCUCCAUGCCAAGUUGUCCAGAUGGAUGUGUUUUGCAGUGAUCUGAGCCUCAGAAGUGCACCACUCAACCUUCCUGAUGUCAUCCAAAUGCUGGACCUUUCACGAAACCAGGUGCAGAAUCUCACCCAUGAAACUCUAGCAUACCACAAAUUCCGGCAUCUGAAUCUCCACUCCAAUAUCCACUUCAUCCAGCCAGGACUCUUCGAAGACAUGACUGAUCUGAAAAUCUUGGAUCUGUCCAAGAAUCAUCUGCAUGUUUUUGCCCUCUCCAAAACAAACAUCGGACCUCUUAACGCUGUAGAGUCACUGGAUCUUUCAAACAACGGCCUGUACGGGAUGUCGGAUUAUUUUCUGUCUGAUUCUCCCAAGCUGGUGAACCUUUCUCUGAACAGCAAUAGCAUCACCGAAAUAGCCAAAAAUACCUUCAGUGGAUCUUUGUCCUUGAGGAAAGUCAGCCUCCACAAUAACAUCAUCUUGAAGAUUGAAGGUGGAGCUUUUGACAUUUUAUCUCAUUUGACUGAACUUGAUUUGUCCAAGAAUUCAAUACGGUGCAUCAACAACUUCAAUCUCGACAAAUUACGAGUGCUUAAUCUCAGCCAAAACAGCUUGGAGUUAUUCCAAAGCACACAAUCAGACACUCCUUAUGAACUUCUCAUUUUUGACUUGAGUCAAAACAAGAUGGCCUUCUUUCCCCUUCUCCCAAAAAACAGCCGCCUUGAAUAUCUGGACGUUUCAAAAAACCAAAUCCACAACAUCAAAUUGAUGGGAAACUUAACUUUUAAUCACCUCAGAUACCUGGACUUGAGUUACAAUCAACUCAAAAGCAUGCCUGAAGAGUAUUUUUCCAGUAUGGGAUCACUGGAGGUCUUAAAUGUGAGUAAUAACUGCAUUACCUUGUUUUCUAUUACUGAUGAAGCCCUUCUACAGAGAGUUAAAAUAAUCAAUCUGAGCUAUAAUCCACUGCAGACUCUGACAUUUGGAGAAAACACUCUGCAGUCGCUGGAAGAGCUCUUACAAGGGAACGAUCUCACAACUCUCGACCAUCAAAUAUUCCAGAGACUCCCCAGCAUUAAAUACCUGCAUCUCCAGCAGAACAACUUUGAAGUCUGUGACUCUCAGCUAAACCACAAGGAUCCUCAGAGUUGCGUGUCCUUUUCUUCUGUUCCAAAAUUGGAGGUCUUGUACCUCUCUGAAAACAAUCUGAGGAGUCUGCCCGCAAACACCUUUGCCAACACCCCUUUGAAGGUCCUGGACCUCUCCCUGAAUCCAGGCUUGGCCAUGGACAAAGACUCCCUCUCCGGUCUAGAGCAUUCCCUGGUUCAUCUUCUCCUGAGGAAAAACAACAUUUCCAUUCUAAAAGCAGACCUGUCCUUACUGAGGAGCCUCAAAUAUGUAGACCUGUCCACCAACCAGUUGACCACUCUGCCAAUGUGGAGCAAAGAGUCCUCCAUUGAGUCCCUAAAUCUGCAGAACAACAACUUGGUAACCCUGGAGUACAGCACCAUUCUUGCUUUGAAGCACUCUCUAAAGACCCUCUACAUGGGCUCCAAUCCUCUAAGCUGCUGCAGAAACCUCAGAUUCAUCAACAUGGUGCAGCAAUCUGCUGUGGUCAUUCCUGACAUUGAGACUGUGACCUGUGUUCACGAGGAAUACUCGGAGCCGGUCAGCAUCAAGGAGGUGACCCGGGCAAUGUGCCAUGCACCAGAUGUCCCGAACUAUAUUAUUGUAGUUAUAGUGGGUUUGUUACUUGUGAUGAUUGUGUUUGCGCUGUUUGUUAAAUGCUGCCGCUCAAGAAAGCGGAAGCACAUGAGAGGUUUUAGGGCAUAAAUGUGACUGAAAGCUUCACACGCAAGGCCAUGAAGGAAUCUAGGAAACAAUUGAAGGUUUCAGUCAGAGAUAGCUGAAAAUGUGAAUGUAAUGUCUGUGAUGCCAACCAAAAGGGACAAUGUGAGGCUUUGUAUUGGGGCUACCACUAAGAAAAGCUACCACUGAUGGCUGGGACACCUGUCAAUCAAGCAAACACUCCUCAAUAGUUCGUAAAUGAAGGAAAAUAAGGCAAACUAUUUAAACAAAAACUUUAUGUGGAAAAUAAAUUUUAUCCUUUAUUUUUAAAGAGGAGUGUGGACUUCGAAAAUGGACUUUUAAAAGCCUUUCUUGUAACUUUUUGGUGUUUUUUUUAAGACACAACAGGUUUUUAAAGACUUUAUAGCAGGGGUAGGGAACUCCAGGCCUCGAGAGCCGGUGUCCUGCAGGUUUUAGAUGUUUUCCUGAUCCAGCA